AUGCCCCUUUGCGUGAAUAAUACCGACACCAUCGGUCAACUAAAGAGAAAGAUUAUUGAUGUUCCAGUUGAACGUCAAAUCUUAUACCUUGAUGAUCAAGAACUUCUUGAUCAACUCAGUACUGUUCAAGAUUGCAAGAUUAAUCGAUUCUCCAAUAUUUCUAUUGAAAUCGAUGAAAGUCUUACAUUGAGUGCAAGAACUACGGGUGACGAAGAAAUCAUCUCUGUUAAUGAUAUGAAGGGUUCUGAUUCGGUGAUUGAUCUUAAAAACAGACUCCAAGAACCCGCUCGCCUCAGUUCGAGUCGUAUGGAGUUAUAUUUCGCCGGUAAAUGUUUAAGAAACGAGGAAACGCUUUAUGAUUCACUGAUCUCAAAUGGGGUUCUGGUAUAUGUCUUGCCAAUUCGUGUUGCACCAAUCCCCGUGUGGGUUGAUACGGCUGAUGGAUUUCAAUACCCAUUUAAUAUCAGCAGAUUAGAUACCAUACAACUUUUUCAAGAAAAAUUUGAACUUAAUGAAGAGGAUGUGAUUCCUGUUGCGUUGCAACGUUACUUUUACAAAGAGACACACUGCUUGGAAGUUCUGCCGUCGGCGACUACAGUGAAGGAGUUCAAGAGAAUGAUUAAACGAGUGACAAAUAUAUCUCCACGCCAUCAGAUUGUCUACAUACCACCACCAACACGACUAGAAGACCCCGAGUCGGUUUUAUCAGACUACGACGUUCAUAAUGCCACCACUGUUCAUGAGGUGUUUCGUGGUAUGAAGUUAUUUGUCAGGAAUGAAGAAGAUGAGAAUGCGUUUACGAUAGCAGUUAAGGGAACAGAUAGCAUAUUGAAAGUGAAAAGAAAAAUCUAUAAGCAACAAGGGAUUCCAGUUGUACAUCAGGGAGGGCCUGGCGUGGUGCUAGAAGUAAGUAGUAGUAGUUCAAUUCUAAACAGUACAUUAGUGUUGAGGAAAUUAAAUGAUGAUAUUGGUUUUAUGUGGGUGAUCAAUGAUGCAAUUAAGGAACUAAUCAUGCAACUGCAGGAAGUGGUAUUUGGUUUGUCAUUUGUGGUUUACUAA